AUGUCUUCUCAAUAUCAAUCUGUGCAUCUUGCUGCUCGCCCUAAGGGUGAGAUUGUUGCUGGUGAGACUUUUGAGGUCAAGAGUAAUGCUGCACCCAAGGAGUCGGAUCUCAAGGAUGGUCAAGUCAUCUUCCGCUCUCUGUACCUUAGUCUUGAUCCUGCCAUGAGAGGAUGGUUGAACGACACGCGGUCAUAUGUCCCUCCUGUCCAGAUCGGCGAAAUCAUGCGCGGUGUCGCAAUUGGCACAAUUGAAGCUUCGAAAUCAGACAAAUUCCCUGUCGGCACCCUUGCAACUGGCUUUGUCGGAUGGACCGAACUCGCCGUCGUUGAGGAGAAGGCUCUCGAGCGUGUGGAUCUGCCUUCAAACGGUCGCACCACCGAUGCUCUCGGUGUCCUUGGAAUGACCGGCUUGACCGCAUACUUUGGAAUCAUCGAGGUCGGUCAAGUCAAGAAGGGCGAUUUCGUUGUUGUUUCGGGUGCUGCCGGCGCUACUGGAAGUGUUGUUGCACAGAUUGCCAAGCUCAAGGGUGCCAAAGUGUUAGGUCUUGCUGGUAGUGACGACAAGGUUUCCUGGUUGAAAAAUGAUCUCGGUCUUGACGAGGCAUUGAACUACAAGGAUGCCGAUUUCACCACAAAGUUCAGAGCCGCCACAAAGGGCUUGAUCGACGUCUUCUUCGACAACGUUGGUGGUGAUAUUCUCGACCUCGCUCUCUCCCGUGCAAAGCCCUUCUCUCGCUUCGUCUGCUGCGGCGCCAUCAGCGAUUACAACAACGCCAGCCCAAGAGGACUCAAGAACUACAUGAUGAUCAUCUCCAUGCGCAUUCGUAUGCAAGGCUUCAUCGUCUUUGACUAUGCAGACAAGUACGCCACUGCUCGCCAAGAACUCGCUCAAUGGUUGGCAGAAGGCAAGUUGCAAAGGAAGGAGACUGUUCUUGAAGGUGGUUUGAUCAAGGCAGAGCAAGGAUUGAGGGAUUUGUACAAGGGUGUUAAUACUGGAAAGCUGCUCGUUGAGGUCAGCAAGCAGAAGGAUGGCAAGGCUAGACUGUAA